CCCGCUUAUGGCGACGCUGGGCACAUCCGGGCUUCUCCUCGUCCGGCGGCCGCCGCCGCCGCUGCUGCCCUGAGCGCCCAGCCCGACUCCAUUAGCGCGUCCCCCCUUCCUGCCCGGCCCCAGAGGCAGCGCCGAGCCCCAGCCGCGGCCGGGGACAUGUCCAACCAGGGGGCCCGGAGGAACGGGCCCGUCAAGCUGCGACUGACAGUACUAUGUGCAAAAAACUUGGUGAAAAAGGAUUUUUUCCGACUUCCUGAUCCAUUUGCUAAGGUGGUGGUCGACGGAUCUGGCCAAUGCCAUUCUACAGAUACUGUGAAGAAUACGCUUGAUCCAAAGUGGAAUCAGCAUUAUGACCUAUAUAUUGGGAAGUCAGAUUCAAUAACAAUCAGUGUAUGGAACCACAAGAAAAUCCAUAAAAAACAAGGAGCUGGUUUUCUGGGUUGUGUGAGACUUCUUUCAAAUGCAAUCAACCGCCUUAAAGACACUGGUUAUCAGAGGUUGGAUCUAUGCAAACUUGGGCCAAAUGACAAUGAUACAGUUAGAGGACAGAUAGUAGUAAGUCUUCAAUCCAGAGACCGAAUAGGCACAGGAGGACAAGUUGUGGAUUGCAGUCGUUUAUUUGACAAUGAUCUACCAGAUGGUUGGGAGGAGCGGAGAACUGCCUCUGGAAGGAUCCAGUAUUUAAAUCACAUUACACGGACAACUCAGUGGGAGCGACCAACACGACCAGCAUCUGAAUAUUCUAGUCCAGGCAGACCUCUGAGCUGCUUUGUGGAUGAGAACACACCAGUUACAGGAACAAAUGGUGCGACAUGUGGACAGUCAUCAGAUCCCAGAUUGGCAGAGAGAAGAGUCAGGUCUCAAAGGCAUAGGAAUUACAUGAGCAGAACACAUUUACAUACUCCUCCUGACCUGCCUGAGGGAUAUGAGCAAAGGACAACUCAGCAAGGUCAGGUCUAUUUCCUGCAUACUCAGACCGGUGUAAGCACAUGGCAUGACCCAAGAGUACCAAGGGAUCUUAGCAACAUCAAUUGUGAAGAGCUUGGUCCACUGCCUCCUGGAUGGGAGAUCCGUAAUACAGCAACAGGCAGAGUUUAUUUUGUCGACCAUAACAACAGAACGACACAGUUUACAGAUCCGCGGCUAUCUGCUAAUUUGCACUUAGUUUUAAAGGGCGUGGCCACUGUGAUGUCAUGGGGGGGCAGGUGCCAUCCAAUGGAAGAGAUCUGCCACCCCAGCCGUCAGAACCAACUUAAAGAUCAUCAGCAGCAACAGCAGGUAGUAUCAUUGUGCCAGCUUCCAGAUGAGGCAGAAUGUCUGACUGUGCCAAGGUAUAAGCGAGACCUAGUGCAGAAACUCAAGAUUCUGAGGCAAGAAUUGUCACAGCACCAACCCCAAGCUGGCCACUGUCGUAUUGAAGUCUCCAGGGAAGAGAUUUUUGAGGAGUCUUACAGGCAAGUCAUGAAGAUGAGGCCGAAGGACCUGUGGAAGCGAUUAAUGAUAAAAUUUCGUGGAGAAGAAGGCCUUGAUUAUGGAGGGGUUGCCAGGGAAUGGCUUUACCUGUUGUCUCAUGAAAUGUUGAAUCCAUAUUAUGGCCUCUUCCAGUAUUCACGAGAUGAUAUCUAUACGCUGCAAAUCAACCCAGACUCUGCAGUUAACCCGGAACACUUAUCAUAUUUCCAUUUUGUUGGACGGAUUAUGGGGAUGGCUGUGUUUCAUGGACAUUAUAUUGAUGGGGGCUUCACAUUGCCUUUCUAUAAGCAAUUGCUAGGAAAGCCAAUUACUCUUGAUGACAUGGAAUUGGUUGACCCAGAUCUUCAUAACAGCUUAGUCUGGAUACUAGAGAAUGAUAUUACAGGCGUCUUGGACCAUACGUUCUGUGUGGAACACAAUGCUUAUGGGGAAAUUAUUCAACAUGAACUGAAACCCAAUGGCAAAAGCAUCCCAGUCACAGAGGAAAAUAAAAAAGAAUAUGUCAGGCUUUAUGUAAACUGGCGGUUUUUACGAGGAAUUGAAGCUCAGUUUCUAGCACUGCAGAAGGGAUUUAAUGAAGUCAUCCCACAACAUCUGUUGAAGACAUUUGAUGAGAAGGAGUUAGAGCUCAUCAUUUGUGGACUUGGAAAGAUUGAUGUUAAUGACUGGAAGGCAAAUACUAGGUUAAAACACUGUACUCCAGACAGCAACAUUGUGAAAUGGUUCUGGAAAGCUGUGGAGCUCUUCGAUGAAGAGAGGAGAGCACGAUUGCUCCAGUUUGUGACCGGCUCAUCCAGAGUGCCUCUUCAGGGUUUUAAAGCAUUACAAGGUGCUGCGGGGCCCAGGCUAUUUACAAUACACCAGAUUGAUGCCAGCACUAAUAACUUGCCGAAAGCUCAUACCUGCUUUAAUCGAAUAGACAUUCCUCCCUAUGAAAGCUAUGACAAGCUGUAUGAGAAGCUGCUAACCGCCAUUGAAGAAACAUGUGGGUUUGCUGUGGAAUGACCCUUUGCAGACUUACCUGAGACUCUAUUUAUACUCCUGUCAGCCAGAAAGCCCUCCCCUCAGCCAAGACUCAAGAAAUGCUUGAAAUACAGGAAUGCUUUUCCUCUUUUACUCAAGAACACUGUGAGGAAAAGGACAAUUUUGGAAAUUUUUUUUUUUUUUUUGCCUUCAAGAAAAUAGGUCCCGUGGCUCUUGCCGUGGAACCAUUCAGCUGCUAUUAAAAACUAAUCUCUUGACCAUACAGAAUGCUGACUUUUACUACAUUUUGACAGUUAAGCAGUAUUCUACACUUAAAGACUACUACUAUUUUUGUAAAAGGUAAUCUGUUCUAUUUGCCUACCUGAUUUCUAUUCUCACAGACAAGAAGACACAACUUCAGCAGUCGGUACAAAUCACGUUUCAGCUCGAAUAAACAUACUGAACAGCAUCUAUACCUGCUAUUUAAAAAAAAAAAUUUUUUUUGGAUUAUUCUAACUUUGCAUAAAAUUGGUUAAAAGAAUCAUUAACUUUUUAAUUACAGCCACUUACAUGUUAACUGCGUUUUCUUAUAGUGAAAUAUUAUAUUCUGCAUUAUAUGUUCAACUUAAAUGUUACCCAGAAUUGGGCUUUUUUAUAUUUUUCAAGCAUGAAUUACAGACAUGAAGUUCUGUGUCCUGUUUCUAUCAGUUGUCAGAUUCCUAGUAUGAGUGAAAUACUGCAUUUGGUACAGUACUUUGUGUUAAAUGUGGAAUAGUCCUUUUUUAAAGAGCAUUAGUCAUUUCAGUUUUUUUAAACAAGCAUUUUUGUAACAAGUUGAUAUUGUCGAGAGUAUUUUUGGUUUUGCUUUCAAUUUAAAACAAAUGCUACAUUUUAAAAAAAUUCUUAAAGCAUGCUGAUGAGGUGAUGUUGACAGUCUUCUGCCUGGUCAUCAGUUCAUGUUUCAGAACCCACUGUGUCUAUCUAAUCAACCAAAGCUUUUUAUGUUCAAAUGCAGCCAAUUCACAUUGUGUACUUUUUGAUGCUUAAAGACUUAUCAGGUAAACCACCUUUUAAUCUUUGUUUGGCUGCUCAUGUCUUGUGGGUUUGCACAAUUUACAAAUAAGGAAAAGUAACUAACUCAAAUGGCAAAAGCUCUUCUGUUAAACAUGCACGAUGUGAUGUGCUUUGAAAAUGAGGUGAGUAAAGCACAACAUUGUCACUGGUUGUAGGGAUGAGAGUAAAUAAUAUGUAAGAGUUAAACUGUGGGUUGGACAGUUCAAAUGGGAACAUAAUGCACUACCAAUGGAGGGAAUCCUGGGCUGUUCAAAUGAGCAUCCUACUGUGAGGUCAGAGUGCUGUUUUUUUGGGGUGUGGAGAAGGUAGGCUACUCACUGCAUAUUUUUUAUAGCAGCAUUCUUCUGCAUGAUCUGUAAUCUACAACUGGCAUUUUGCCUGCCCUCUUGCACAGUAAUGAGGGGAGCAACAUUUGGAGGUAAUUUCGAAUUUUUCUAGUCAGUGUUGGGUUGUUGUUUUUUAACUUGGAUCAUAAUUAAUCAUUAGAAAUCUGCACUAUUUUUACAUUAAUGAGAAACAAGAGUCUUGAACUCACUAAGACAAUGGGAUGUAAACAAUUAUUUCCUUUCACAGCAUAAGUUAUAUAAUGAACUAGUGAUUUUUUUUUUUGUCUUGUC